CAAAAAUCUCAAUUCAUUGUAAUAUUGUAUAUCCUCACUUUCCUUUUUAAUCCAAUUCCCCCCAAAUUAAAUCAAAAAAAUAAAAAAUCAUCAAAUUCCUUUUUACUUUCUUUCUUUAUUCUUAUGAACGCCACCAAGAGAAUUCUCAUCAUGAAGUUGAAUUCCAGGCUUUUAAUUCAAAGCCGAACUGUUUUGGGUGGUUUCAUCAAAUCCCCUCAAGUUCGAAACUUUCAUCAUUCCCAAUUUCCUAUCAAUCAUACCCACAAGCAGUUUUCAAUUACAUUCCCAAAUUGGGGCCAAACAAGGGCUUUUCCCGUGACCCUUUGUAAUUCCAAGAAAAACAAUAAUAAUGGAAAAAUACCCAGAAAUUAUAGAGAUUUUUCAACAAAGUUAGAACCCCAUUUGAAUGAUAAGAAUUUUGAAAGUGUAUAUAUACAGGGUGGUGGUAGUGGUGAUGUAAAGAAUGAAACUUUAUUGGAAAAUGAUGAUGGUAAUGGGGGAAGGAUGGAAAGUGAGGCAGAAAAAGAGGCGUGGCGGUUGUUGAAAGACGCUGUUGUGACGUAUUGUGGCAGCCCGGUUGGGACGUUGGCUGCGAAUGAUCCUCAUGAUAAAAUGCCAUUGAAUUAUGAUCAGGUUUUUAUUCGGGAUUUCGUGCCGUCUGCUUUGGCUUUUUUGUUGAAAGGUGAAGGAGAGAUUGUUAGGAACUUUCUUUUGCAUACAUUGCAGUUGCAGAGUUGGGAGAAAACUGUUGAUUGUUAUAGUCCGGGGCAAGGGUUGAUGCCCGCAAGUUUUAAAAUAAGAACAGUGCCGCUAGAUGAUACCAAAGUUGAAGAAGUUUUGGACCCAGAUUUUGGGGAGUCUGCUAUUGGCCGUGUUGCACCGGUGGACUCUGGGUUGUGGUGGAUUAUCUUGUUGAGAGCCUAUACCAAGAUUACUGGUGAUUUUGCAAUGCAAGAAAGAGUUGAUGUUCAGACGGGAAUCAAAUUGAUUUUGAACUUGUGUUUGUCUGAUGGAUUCGAUAUGUUUCCUUCUCUUCUAGUUACUGAUGGCUCGUGUAUGAUUGAUCGAAGAAUGGGUAUCCAUGGCCAUCCUUUGGAGAUCCAAUCAUUAUUCUACUCAGCUCUAAGGUGUGCUCGGGAAAUGCUUGCUUUAGAUGAAGGAUCCAAGAAUUUGGUGAGGACUAUCAAUAAUAGACUCAGUGCGUUAUCUUUCCACAUCAGAGAAUACUAUUGGGUAGAUAUGAAGAAAAUUAAUGAAAUUUAUCGAUAUAAGACUGAAGAGUAUUCCACGGAAGCAACAAACAAGUUCAACAUUUACCCGGAACAGAUUCCACAUUGGUUAAUGGAAUGGAUCCCUGAGGAAGGAGGUUACAUGAUAGGAAAUCUACAGCCUGCACAUAUGGAUUUCAGAUUUUUUACACUUGGUAACAUUUGGUCAAUAGUUUCCUCUUUGAGCACCCCGAAACAAAACAAUUCAAUACUGAAUCUGAUAGAAUCCAAGUGGGAUGAUCUUGUUGGUAAUAUGCCUCUUAAGCUCAUCUACCCUGCCUUGGAAAAAGAAGAGUGGCGUAUAAUCACUGGUAGUGACCCAAAGAACACGCCAUGGUCUUAUCACAACGGUGGUUCCUGGCCGACUCUUCUAUGGCAGUUCACAUUGGCUUGCAUCAAGAUGGGAAGAAUAGAACUAGCAAGAAAGGCAGUCGAUCUUGCUGAGGAUAGAUUGUAUGCCGAUCACUGGCCAGAAUAUUAUGACACCAGAAGUGGAAAGUUCAUAGGGAAGCAAUCCAGACUUUACCAAACAUGGACAAUUGCUGGAUUCUUGACAUCUAAAAUGCUCUUGGAAAAUCCUGAAAAAGCUUCUCAUUUGUUCUGGGAAGAAGACUAUGAUCUUCUCGAAAUAUGUGUUUGUGCUCUGAGCGGCAAAACUAGCAGGAAGAAGUGUUCUCGUGGGGCUGCCAAGUCGCAGAUCCUCGUGUGAUAACUCCAUGAGACACAAGAUAGAAAGAACACUUGACGGUGCAUAGUAAUACCAGUAUACCACAUUAUAACUUAUAGAAAGCUACAGAUAGCAGUAUAAAGAACCAAAAUACUGCUUUUUUAAUUUUUGAUAUAUUUUUUGGGGGGUGGGGAUCUCUGAUAUAAUCUUGUUAUAAGGGCUAGUUUAUCGAGUAACAUGUAUCAUGAAUUGCUAACUUAUACUCUUGGACGGAAUCCGUUUAUGUUCUUCUUGGGGUUCUGCUAGACUGCUAGUUCUUGAAGCUGUGACAUAUAUAAUACAUUCAGAAAGCUGAUUAGUACAUGACUUAGUUUUAUGUUUCGAUGCUGUUUUUUCAUUUAUCUGUAUAUAACAUCCCUACUGUCAGGGUGAAUAAGAUUUGGCAUCGGUUAAUAAAUCUGUAGUUGUUUACUCA